UUGAAUACGCACGCACCACGUGCGCCCCCUCCUCACCUCACCUUACCUUAAACUCCGAUCACUCCCCCAAAUCUCCGGCCGCCGCCGGCCAACCCCGAAAAUGUCGGCCACCAACACACUAACAUGCACCCCAUUUCCAAAAACUCCCAAGCCAUCCUCUCACAAGCCUCACUUAUCACCUCUUAUCAAACACACCACUCAUUUUGCUCCACUCAGCUACUCAUCAUCAUCAGUAGCAUUUUCUUCAGCUCCCAAGCUGAUGCACUUGGAGAAAGAUAAGCACAAUUGCUGUAAGGCUACUAGACGUAAAUCGAUAUCGGGGGAUGAAGGUGGUUUGGAUGAUGAGGAUGGGAGUGUGAGGAGAGUGUUGCAGUUUGUGUUGUGGGCUGCUGAAGGUGUUUAUAUUGCUUGGCUGUUUUUGCUUCCUUAUGCUCCUGGAGAUCCUGUAUGGGCAAUCAGUUCAGAUACGAUUGAUUCUCUCGUAGGACUAUCUCUGAACUUUUUCUUUGUACUUCCGCUUAUGAAUUCAGUUGGAAUCCGUCUGAUUGAUGCUCCGGUGCUUCACCCGAUGUCCGAAGGUUUAUUUAAUUUUGUCAUUGGAUGGACACUGAUGUUUGCACCUCUGUUAUUCACUGAUCGUAGACGAGACAGAUAUAAAGGCUCGUUAGAUAUAUUAUGGGGUUUCCAGAUGUUCCUUACAAACACAUUCUUGAUACCCUACAUGGCUAUACGUCUAAAUGAGGCUGAUGGCCAGUACACUCCUAGAAAGACCUCUCAGUUAGGUACUGUCAUGACUAAUGGUGCAGCAGUUGUUGGACUGGUUGGUGGAGCUGUGUGUUUAAUAUCCGUAUUCUGGGCUCUCUUUGGUCGAGAAGAUGGUAAUUUUGGUACUCUGACAGAAAGAUGGGACUUCUUGUUAAGUUAUCUAGGAUCAGAAAGACUUGCUUAUGCCUUCAUAUGGGAUAUCUGUCUCUACACAGUUUUCCAGCCUUGGCUUAUACACGACAACCUACAGAACAUAGAAAAAAGCAAGAUAACUGUUGUGAGUUUCCUGAAAUUUGUACCAGUGAUUGGUCUUGUAGCUUACCUCCUCAGUUUGAAUCUUGAUGAAGAGUCCUAAAUGAAUUCUUUAUUGGCUACAUUUGUAAACUGGCUGAUUUUUGACACACUUCUUGGGAUAUGGAAUACUUAUUCUGCAUCUGUUCUUCAUGAAAA